CAUACAACUAUUUUCCCUGGGUAGCUGGUCUAUGUCUAUUUCGCUAACUUCAUAAGUGAGGCCUCAUCUCCUCCCCGUUUCCGGAAGGAAAGGAUAAAAAGGGAUCUCAAUUCUUGCUUAUUCUCUUUUCUGCUGCGUUAGACUUCCGCUUGCUUCCUCUGUGGUUGUUGCUUUUGACUAAAUUGGCCAUUUUCUUCUUCUUUUCCUUCGUUUCCUUUUCUCAACUUUAAUCUUUCCCUACUCCCCCCGCCGAUUCGCCUUCCCACUAUUUUUCUUUUCUUCUCCCAACAAUCGAGCACCCUUCCGACCUAUAGUUAACUUUAUCGCCCCUCAUGACGAGUGUUCAACAGCCAGUGGGCCCUGCGCUCCCCGAAAAAAUGAGUCAGCCAGAGAAACGGCCUCGUGGAAGACCUCCGACAUUUACCGACGAGGAACGACUUCAGCGGAAACGGGAGCUGGCUCGCGUACGUCAAGCACGGAAGAGGGAGCGGGACAGGGUUAGGAGAUGGAGCACGGGGCAAGGCAGUGAAGAGAUGGGGUCACAAGGAAUUGGUUUUCCGCCAGAGAAUUCUGUUGAUGAAACAGAUACGAGUAGCCUUUCCCAGAAAACCGAUCAAAGUGCUUGGGGCCUGGAGAAGGCUGUUGGUUUUCAGGUCCAGGUUAGAGGGGCAAGGGAUAAUUCACCUACUGAUCAGGAAUAUCCUGCCCCUAGUGAUGAAGGCAUCAUACCGAGGGAGCACAAUCUACCGUCUAGAUCGGUGGGACCACCAUCACCGCAACCAUCUGCACUCCCCCUGCCAUCAAUACCAAACGACUCGAUGGUUUGUGAUGAGCCGGAGGGCUAUGAUCGAGCGCAUGAAGAAAACUUGGCUACCUGGCGUAAGAUCCACAUCAUUUCGGGGGCAUUGGAGGCUUCUCGGGGCAGUCGGGUCAUGCGAAAUCAGUUAGCCAGCUUGCUAUAUACGAACGGGUUGGUUUCGCUCAUCCAAAGCUGGGAGGAAGCAGGAUUUAUGUCUCGGGGGAAGGCCUCUCUACCGCCACCAUCUACGAUCGAGCAACAAAUCGGAAUACCCACUCCUCUGCCUAAUACUCCAUCCCGUGAAAGUGUGUUCCCUAGUAGUGCUAGUCAUGGUCGUCCGGAAGAGUCAGAGGAUGAACUUAUGGAAAGAAUAUUAGACAACUUGAGUGGACGGAUGCAGGCGCUCAAGUGCCGGAAGGGCCUGAAAUCCGAGGUGGAUGAGCUACGGAAGGCAUUGGCGGAUAAGGAAGCGAAGUUAAAGGAAUGCAACGCAAUAUUAGAAGCUGAACGAGCCGUAUGGCAGAAUUUUCAGAACAUGCAGGUUUAGAACCAAACAGCAUUGUGUGCUUUCUUUCUUUCCAUUUCCUUGCAAUUUCCUUGCUCUGUUUCAUCAUGGGGAAGGGGAGGUAGUACCGGAGUUAAUACUUGCUUAAAUUAACUAUAUUUUUGCUCUCAUUUUCUUUCCAGUUUAUACUCUAUGCAUUGUUAUCAGCAUCUUUGUUUAUUCUGCGAUUUUAUCAGGGUUGAUCUAUUAGUUGGCGUUCAUGGGAAGAUGACGGUGAUCAAGAUGGUUAAAUGGAAUUCUAGGUGGAGAGGGGAGGGGUCUCUUCUGUAUCUCUGAUUUCACUCUUGAGCUCGGAUUGAUGUCACCCCUCCGAUAUGAAAGGUAAGGGAUUCAUCGAUAUAUUAGUUAUUGUAUAUAUAAAAAUGAAGCUAUCGCAUGGCAUUGAGAUUUCUGA